AAAGAAAAAACCACUAUGAACUUAAAAGAAGAAACCCUAGUUUCUAUUCCCUUCCCACCCUUAUCUUCCUUCUCCCUCACGUUGCCGCCGCCACACAGCUAUCUCUGCCGGUUUGUUUUUCCCCUUUUCCUUCUCCAUAUCCCCCUCUCCGCUACAGCCUACGCCGGCAAACCCUCUCCGCCGCAGUCGCACGCCGCCACCCUCCAUCGGCAAACGCCCGUUUCUUCCUUCUCUCUCUGUCUACCUCUCUGCUGCAACCUCGCCGGCACCCACUACUGCACAGCCUUCCUCUACUCGUCGCCGACUGCCCACCGCAUUCUCGUCGCCAAGGUCAUGGCAGAAUCAAGCUCGCCUGGUUCGUUUCAACCUCCUCCUGUUACCCCACUUCCUAUUCUCAUUGAUGGGGCGGAUCGCGAUCGAGCACUUGCCGCUUCUGAGGUCUGUGCUCGUCGAGAAGUACUUGAGCGCCGGUCCCGGAGAGUGAAACAACUUUGUCGAAUCUUAAAGCAAGUGUACUGGUUUUUGUUGGAGGAACUCAAGCGCAAAUACAGGGAAUAUUAUUGGACAUAUGGCAAGAGUCCAUUUAAGGAGGACGAGAAGGAGGCUGAGGGCAUUGGUGAUUAUCCAGAGGGUAUUGGGGAAAAUGGAAAGCUAGGAUUAGGUUCUGUGACCGGGAGUGAUGAGAUUAGACGGUGUGAUGUCACAGGUUGCAAGGCAAAGGCAAUGGCGUUGACAAAAUACUGUCAUGCUCAUAUCCUCUCGGACAAAAAGCAGAGGCUCUACAAGGGUUGUACCUUUGUAAUCAAGAGUAUGCAGUCAGGGCCGCUUCUAUGUUCAAAGCCCGUUUUAAGAUCAACUGUUCCCUGCUAUUGCCCUGGUCAUCUACAAAAAGGUGAGAAGUGUUUAGCUCGAGAUUUAAGAAAAGCAGGUCUUAACGUCUCCUCGACUAGUAAGCUUCGUCCAGAUUUCCAUGUAUUGGUAGCUGAAUUCGUUCGCCAAAUACAAAGCAAAAGGAGAGCGACGAGAAAGGCUACUGCUGUUAAAAUUGAGAGUAACUGAGAAGGUGAAGACUAGUGAGGACCCUCCGUUUGAAUUAGGGUGAAGCGGUUUGGUUCGGCUGGUUUGAGCCUCAAACCGAGCUGAACAACCUGCAUCUAUUCAAUCCAACCCCCUCCCAACGGAAGAAUUUGUUGAUAAAAUCAAUUUUUGUGUAUUAUCCAACCCCUUCUUCCUUUCCCUCCCUCGAUGCACAUCGUGAAUUUGAUUGCAGAUUGUAGGGAUGUACAUUCCUUCUCUUGAUGGUUUCGUUAACUUGGGCUUGCUAAUUAGAAAGGUGCCUAAACUGCCAUAUUAUUUAUGGGAA